CGCCUUAUAUAAGCCAGAUCCUGAAGGGGAGUCAGGAGAAGGGUUAAAUCGGUCUUUGGGCAUCGGCAUCCUAGUCCGCGACAGAAACUUGCACGAAGGCAGCAGGCUACGUGUGUCAUCUUCAACCUUGCUCAGGACUCUCCUAAAGCCGGCGCCCAGCAGUGCGCGGCCCGGGAGCCCACGGGUGGCCCCGGUCCUCUUUGGGGCACAUGGGGCGGCGCUAAUCCGGCUAGUGGUUCAGGCCAGGAGCCUCUCCAACAUGAACCUCGUGGGCAGCUACGCACACCAUCACCACCAUCACCACCCACACCCCGCGCACCCCAUGCUCCACGAGCCCUUCCUCUUUGGCCCGGCCUCGCGCUGUCACCAGGAGCGACCUUAUUUCCAAAGCUGGCUGCUGAGCCCUGCUGACGCUGCCCCAGACUUCUCUGCGGGAGGGCCACCACCAACAGCCGCUGUGGCUACUGCCGCCUACGGUCCGGACGCCAGACAGGGUCAGAGCCCCGGGCGCCUGGAGGCGCUCGGCGGCCGUCUGGGCCGGCGGAAAGGCUCGGGACCCAAGAAGGAGAGGAGACGCACAGAGAGCAUUAAUAGCGCGUUCGCUGAGCUGCGGGAGUGCAUCCCCAACGUGCCGGCGGACACCAAGCUCUCCAAGAUCAAGACUCUGCGCCUGGCCACCAGCUACAUCGCCUACUUGAUGGACGUACUGGCCAAGGAUGCACAGGCUGGCGACCCCGAAGCCUUCAAGGCUGAACUCAAGAAGGUGGAUGGUAGCCGCGAGAGCAAGCGGAAAAGGGAGCUGCCGCAGCACGAAGGCUUUCCUCCUGCCCUGGGCCCAGGUGAGAAGAGGAUUAAAGGGCGCACCGGCUGGCCGCAGCAAGUCUGGGCGCUGGAGUUAAACCAGUGAGCCGAGGACCUGGGGCGACCCCGGAGCCCCGGGAGAAGAUGAAGGCGGCGGCCAAGGCCGGGCUCUGGGUUCCUGCGACUUGUGAGAGAGCGUUGCGCAGAACCUCUGAGAGCGCUGGCGGGUAGCGGGCUGCAACCACACACUUGGAUCGCACGUGCAAUGUCAUUUGAAAUUGUUUUAAAUACAUUAAGAGAAAGAAAUUUAUAUAUAAUCCACCUCCUUUAACCGAGGGAGGCUUUUGGAGGCACGAUGCAGGAGGGAGGGACUGCGGAACCCAAGUGCCGAAAGACACACCCUUCCAACCCUUCUGGGUCGAAUUUAGAACCCCCAACGCCAUCCUCAUCUCCGCCAUCUGGCUUUCUCUCUUGUUCCCCUCUCCGCUUUGUGCCACCCCAGACUCCUUCUUCUCCAAGUAAAAUACAAUAAGAGGAAUCAAUAGUUUUCUUCCAGGGAACGAGAACCGAAAGCAGGAAGGUGGAGGGCUGCCUUUUGUCGUUCCCCUUUAAACAGCAGUGUUUUACUUUUCUUUUUGUUGCUGUACAUCCUACGUAGUUCCAAGGGGAACUCUCCCUCUUUCUCUCUUUUUCUUCCUUUCUUUUUUCCCCUUUUCCUUUCUCUUUUUUUCCAAAUAAAAAUUUCCCCUAUGUUGCAAAGUUUUUAUAUAUUUAAACUACCUAUCAUGCCUGUUGCACUCAGGUGUUCGUUAUCUCCCCAUCCCCAUCCCUCUUCUACCUCAGAUCUGUAUGACCACUCACUGCCCCUCCCUUUGCCAAAGCAGUAUCUAUGCUCUUG